AUGAAGACCACUGCCGCUCUGCUCUUUUUCUGUUUUUGGGUAAACACCGGCAUCUAUGUUGCUCAGUCAGGUUCAAAAUGCGGAGUUCCUCAGGUGAGGAGCCCAAUGGUUCCCUCUCUGAGGGUGGUUGGAGGGUCCGAAGCCACAUAUGGAUCACACCCAUGGCUGGUGUCUCUGCGGAAUAAGGGCUCUCAUUUCUGUGGAGGGGCCAUCCUGACGGGCCGCUGGAUAAUGACAGCUGCACAUUGCUUUGCAUCAACCUCAAAAGAGUUUCUCAGUGGUGUAACAGUAGCAGUGGGAGAGUUUGACCAGAGAGUACAUGAUGAAGAGGAACAGGUCUUUCUCAUCAAGUCUGUCUCAAUCCAUGAGAAAUACCAUCAUGCUUCACCUAUGAGCUAUGACAUAGCACUGGUAGAGCUGGAUCAACACAUUCGACUAGGCGCCCAUGUCCAGCCAAUAUGUCUACCUUUACCUGAUGAGAACAUCUUACCUGAAACCAGUUGCAUUGUGGGUGGAUGGGGCAGGAUAAAGGAAAGGGGUCGCCUCCCUGCUGUACUGAGAGAGGUCCAGUUGGACUUGGUUGAUCCAGCCAAGUGUAAAUAUGUCCUCCAGACUGUCAAAAAGGCUUCUCUGAACCAGGGACCAGUGUGGCCUCAGGCAGCCCUGACAGUUCUUUGUGCAGGGCCAGAGAGAGGAGGGAGAGAUGCCUGCCAGGGGGACUCUGGGGGUCCUCUGGUAUGUCCGGCAAGGUCAGGCAGUGGUCAUUGGGAGGCACUGGGCAUAACUUCCUGGGGUAAGGGAUGUGGUCGUAGCUGGGGAAACAACAGCAGCCGCCCCCCUUCUAGGAGAGGAUCUCCAGGGGUUUUCACUGAUGUGAGGCUGCUGCUGCCCUGGAUCAAACGCAAGCUGAGAGAGGCUGAUGAGCAGCAGCGGGGCGCGACUUUAUCGAGUGAGUUGUUUUUCCUUUCAUCACAGCAACUCUAAUUCAUCUAUAUUUCAUAAUGUGCACAUGACUCUUUGAUGUUACGCAGCACUGUGUGUAAUAUGUGUGUGUGUGUGUGUGUGUGUGUGUGUAAUUCAGGACUCUGCGGUGUGAGAGAUGGGCCUGUAACUGACAGUGAGGGGAUGAUUAGAAACCCCGCCCUCCCUGGUGAUCACUAUGAAGACAACGAACUGUGUGCGUGGAGCAUCGCUGUUCCUCCAGGUUAUAGUAUUCUGUUGGAGUUUCAUCAUUUAAAUUUGGAAAAUGACUCAUACUGUCGCUACGAUCGACUAACUGUUUCAGUAGGGAGCCGAAAGCCUGUUGGCAUAUUCUGUGGAAGCGUCCUCCCCGGCCCAGUGCUUCUGAAUAAUUCCCUGAAUGCAACACUUCUCUUCUCCUCUGACAUUAGCGGCACAGGAAGCGGCUUUGUCGUCGAGCAUCGUGCUGUAAAGGGACACUCUGAUCCUGGAUGUGGGACAGUUGUUCUGCUUGAGGAUCAGGCUGCUGUCCAUAGCCCAAAUCACCCACAAUUCUACAGUAAUGACUGUGUCCUCCGCUGGGUGGUGUAUGCUCCUGCGGGUCAUGUUAUUAAGCUGGACUUUGCUGAUUUCAACUUGGAGGAGUCAGACAGAUGUUUGUACGAUUCCCUCACUGUCCUGGCAGAUGUGGAGGGAACAGAGGAGCUAGCCGUGCUGUGCGGUGGCAGUGUUCCUCCCCCUGUCCUGUCCUACCACAACAUCAUGGUGCUGCAGUUCAGCUCAGACAGCAGCAUCACACACAGAGGCUUCAGGGCGACUCUAGCAUUCAUUAGCCAUACAGGGUAA